AUGAGCAUACCCGCAUCGCCUACGCUUGUCAAUGGAGUACCCUCUCGAGCACAGACACCCUUUAUCCGCACCGCAUCGCCCUCACCUUCUAUCGAACUCAGUCACACCUCGGACGAACAAGAAUUUGCCACACAUCUGGUCUCGGCUAUCCGUGUUCCUGUCGACUUCACAGAUAUCCUUGUCGCCUUACGAAAUCGCCCGCAAGAUCGACAAGCAGUGGUUUCCAUGCAACGAGCAUUAGAAAUGGUCGAGUGGAUGCAGACGGCCAGACAAGAGCUCAUUGCAGCAGAAGAAAGGACGAUGCGGUCACUCGUACAGUACAGGAGAUUUGGAAGGAGCAUGGGGACGAAGACAUCGGACACAUCCUUGGAUACACCACUAAUGGAAUACCCGCAUCCACUCCUCGCUCAUCGCCAGAACCAAUUCUCAUUCGACCUCGCCCUCCUCGUUCGCACGUACCCAGUGGAUGAUCUCCGUUAUCCCAACCAUCUUUCUCGACCACAUCCACUUCUUCACAUCGCAGUCAUCCCUACAGGAAUGGAUGUAUCCCCGAACAAGGAUCACGAAUCAGCCGGAGGACAUGCUACAGAUGUGGAGGAGAUCAUUAUGUCCGCGACUGCCCCCGACGACGAUGAAGAUCACAAUAUUUCUUAUGUCCAGGACCCCUAG